UCCGGGCGGCGGCAGCGGAGCCCCGGGCGGCGGCGGGGCCGCGGCGGGACACGGCGAGGUUUCACUAAAUGGUACACAGUUUACAGACAGUUCUGUUGGAUCAGAAUUCACAGGUGUUUCUCAGACACCAUUUACCUUUGGCUUGGGCCAGAGGGCACCAUAUACAACUGGCGAGCAUUGUCUUCUUUGUAGAAGUGAACGCAAAGAUACUUCGCUUUCAGAGAGCGGAAUCAAGAAUUCCAGCAAAACAGCACUUUCCACAUCUCCAAAAGCAAACAACAUGCUGCACCUCCCACUGUGGGUGUGUCCAGACUGUAGAAGAACAGUGGAGAAGGAGGAGAGGCACGCUACAAUAGAGCAGUCUCUCGUGAGCCAAGAUUUCCUUUUGCACAUGCCUCUUGGAAACAGUGGAUCACAGCAGGAGUCUGUAGGAGGAGGAAGAAUAACUGUUGGUGCACAGACAGUGCCUGCUGCAGAUCUUAGCAAUUCCUCUCCUUCAGACAUAGCAUGCAACUGUGAGGCCUGUAAUGAACGCAGAGAAAAUUCAGCAGAGCCUGAACGUGAACCUCAGCAGCUACAGAAUUACUGGUCUGAAGUAAGAUACAUGGUCCGGUGUAUUUAUCGUCAAGCUGGGACCCCUCUGGCAGAUGACCAGGACCAAUCGUUGGUACCAGAUAAAGAAGGAAUGAAAGAGCUGGUGGAUAGGCUUUGUGAAAGAGAUCCAUACCAGCUUUACCAACGGUUGGAGCAGCAGGCUCGGGAAUACGUGCUGGAGAUGAAGGUUCGCCUGCUCAGACACCUGUCCCUGGGAUCCAAGGUUGCAUCGACCUUAGCCACAGAGGGGCCCCCCCAGGCCCAGCAGUUCAUCUCCCUCCUGCUUGAGGAGUACAGUGCACUCUGCCAGGCAGCCUGUACAAUCAGCGCCUUCCUGGUUACUCUGGAAAAUGAACAUUUGAAGAAAUUUCAGGUGACAUGGGAAUUGCACAACAAGCACCUGUUUGAAAAUUUGGUAUUUUCUGAGCCACUCCUGCAGAAUAGCUUGCCAACGCUGGUGUCACAGCUAAGGCUUGGAACAACCCACGAUUCCUGCAGUGAAGAUAUGUACAGUACCUUGCUACAAAGGUAUCAUCAACUGGAACAGGAAAUGGGCCAAGUUGCUGAAGCAUGGCUUGAAUGCCAGAAAAGAAUAGAUGAUUAUGUUGAUGAACAGAUGGCAAUGAAAACAAAACAACGCAUGCUAAAGGAAGACUGGGAAUUUUUUAAACAGAGGCGUUUUAUUGAAGAGCAGCUUAAUAACAAGAAAGCACUAUCUGGGGAGAACAACUUCACAGACACAAUGAGACACAUGCUGUCAUCACGUUUGAGCAUGCCUGACUGUCCCAACUGUAAUUAUAGAAGAAGAUGUACUUGCGAUGACUGCAGCCUUUCACACAUUUUAACGUGUGGCAUCAUGGAUUCUCCCAUAACGGAUGACAUCCACAUUAACCAGUUACCACUACAAAUCGAUUCUGCUCCGGAUUAUUUAUCUGAGAUCCGCCCACCCAGUAUGUCUUCAGCAAGUUCAGGAUCUGGUUCCAGCUCACCUAUCACAAUUCAGCAGCAUCCCAGACUCAUCCUCGCAGAUAAUGGUUCUGCACCAACUUUUGGUAGUGAUGAUGAUGAUGUUGCACCAUUAUCAGCAAAAUUUGCUGAUGUCUACCCACUGAAUAACUACGACGAUGCAGAGGUUGUAGCCAACAUGAACGGAAUCCACAGCGAGCUGAACGGCAGCGGUGAGAACAUGGCCCUGAAAGAUGAGUCUCCUCAGGUGAGCAGUACUAGCAGCAGUUCCUCAGAAGCAGAUGAUGAAGAAGCAGAUGGGGAGAGCAGUGGUGAACCACCAGGGACUCAAAAGGAGGAAAUGUCUCUAGGAAAAAGGGCAUUAAGGAAAGAGGAAACAAAAAUGGAUAGUCCACCACCUUCUUACCCCAGUCAGCAGGCUGACCAAGGUCCAAAUGCUUGUGAAUGUCAUGUUUGCAAACAAGAAGCCUCAGGACUUACAGUCUCUGCACUUGCUACUGGACGCCUGCCUGCUGGGCACCAGUUUAUGAAUACUGAAAAACCUGCACAUCCUGCACUUCAUCUUUACCCUCACAUCCAUGGGCAUAUACCAUUGCAUACAAUUCCUCAUCUGCCUCGUCCACUUAUCCAUCCCACCUUGUACACUGCUUCUCCCUUCACACACAAUAAGGCAUUACCACCAGCUCCAGUUCAGAAUCAUACAAACAAGCAUCAAGUAUUCAAUGCAUCUCUCCAAGAUCAUAUUUAUCCAAGCUGUUUUGGGAGCACUCCAGAUUGGAAUAGCUCUAAAUUUAUAAGUCUUUGGGGUUCAGAGGUGAUGAAUGACAAGAACUGGAAUCCUGCUACAUUUUUGCCUGACACAAUUCCUGGGAGUGAUAUAUUAGCACCAGCACUCUCAGAAAUAAGACCCGAAGCACUUCCUACUACAUCUAGCAAUGAAACAACAGCAGUUACUGACAGCAAAGAGAAAAAAAAUGCUGCAAAGAAGAAAUGUCUGUACAAUUUCCAGGAUGCCUUUAUGGAAGCUAAUAAAGUUGUCAUGGCAACCUCUUCUGCCACUUCUUCAGUCUCCUGCACAGCAACUACAGUGCAGUCAAGCAGCAACCAGUUCAAAGUAUCAUCCAAGAGACCUUCAUCGAUAGGUGAAGUGUUCCACAAUAUUAAUAAAGAGGAUCAUAGACAUUCUGCACCAGUUGCACCACGAAAUAGUCCUACCAGUUUAGCAUCCCUUCCUUCACUGUCACUGUCUCCUGCUGCACUGUCUCCAGCCUCCACACCACAUCUUCCAAACCUUGCUGCUCCUUCUUUCCCCAAAACUGCUGCAACAGCCCCUGGAUUUGUGGAUCCUCAUUCAGGUCUUUGUCCUACUACAGUUGCACCUCCUACUUCAACCACAGACAGCUCUGUAAGUGCCCCACCAAGUGUCUGCAGUGACCCUGAUUGUGAGGGCCAUCGCUGUGAGAACAGUAACACAUACGAUCAUCAGCAGUAUGAUGGGGAGGAGAGCCAGGAUGAAGAUAGCUGCUCAGAGCAUAGCUCCAGUACCUCAACUUCCACAAAUCAGAAGGAAGGAAAAUACUGUGACUGCUGUUACUGUGAGUUCUUCGGCCAUGGAGGACCUCCAGCUGCACCAACCAGUAGGAAUUAUGCAGAGAUGCGAGAAAAGCUUCGUUUACGUUUAACAAAAAGGAAAGAGGAGCAGCCGAAGAAACCAGAUCAGAUCUCUGAAAGGGAAAGUGUUGUUGACCAUCGAAAGGUGGAGGACUUGCUACAGUUUAUAAACAGCUCUGAAACCAAACCUGUGAGCAGUUCUCGUGCAGCCAAGCGAGCCAGGCAUAAGCAGAGAAAGCUUGAAGAAAAAGCUCGACUUGAAGCUGAAGCCAGGGAGCGGGAGCAUCACCAGCUGCUCGAGGAGCAGAGGCGGCGUGAGGAAGAGGAGGAGGAGAGACUGAAACAGGAGUUACAGCGGCUCCAGGAGCUUCAGCAGUUGCGGGCUGUGAAGAAAAAGAAGAAAGAGAGAACAAGUAAGGACUGUGCAAAGGCAGAGCUGCUCACUAGGAACUGCCAGGCAGUGAAGGAAGCUGUGCCAAACAGCCCAGAAGACAUUCAGAAUGGUACCCUUGAGCAAUCAGAAAAGAUAGAAACCUCAGCUGGUUCACUGUCCCGACAUGUGAAUCACACAGAACAGAGGCCAGUUCUAGAGACAGGCUGUGAACUGUCCAACCCUGUCAACACUAGAGACUCAAAGCUGCUUUAUCAGAAGGAGGGCACUGUAAAGCAGCAUGAGCCCCUCUCUUUUCUGCUUGAUAUUAUGCAUCAACAUAAAGAAGGAAACAGCAAACAGAAACUAAAACAGAUGAGCAAACAGUGUGUUGAACAAGUGAAAAAGCCUGUUGAAUCCUCCAAAGCAGCUGAGAUCCAGACUAAAGCCAGAAACCAAAUAGAAUCCAAAGCAAAAGCAGCAGAGCUCCCAACACUUGCAGAACCUAAAAAGGAUGAGAAGAAAUUAAACAAUAACAACAAAAAGCAGUUGAACCAUGUAAAGGAAGAGAAAGCACCCGUAACAAGUGAAUCCCCAUCACCAAGUGAGCAGCAGCAAAAUAAUAAGCUAAUACUUGCAGAUUCUCCUCAACCAAAAGGCAAGAACAAGAAAAACAAGAAGAAGAAAGGGGACAAAGUCAACAAUUCCAUUGAUGAUGUGUUUCUUCCCAAAGACAUUGAUCUAGACAGUGUGGAAAUGGAUGAAACAGAACGAGAAGUGGAGUAUUUUAAAAGAUUCUGCUUGGAUUCUGCCAGACAGACAAGGCAGAGACUUUCCAUCAACUGGUCCAAUUUUAGCUUAAAAAAAACCACCUUUGCUGCACAUUGAAAUGACACAAUACAGGGAGGGAACCCUGCAGGAAUCAAUGAACGACAACUCCACUUACCUGUCCUGCUGUGCUGAGAGCUUAUCUGGUCUUGAGCCAGUGCUGCCUUGCCUUGUCCCCAGUGCUGUGUGGAUCUGCACUGAACCCUUUGGCCUGAUAAUUCUUGCGGACUGAAAAAUUGCCACUUUCUACCUGAAUUUGUUAGCUUGUGUGCUUGUAGUCUGUGAGUGAGACUUACUUGAUUGUAGCUGUAUGCUGUUGGAGUUGGAACAAUAGCUCUUUUCCAGCUCCUUCUGAAUGCCUUGGCCUCAGAGACUUUAAAUUGCUUAGGCUUGGGUGGAGGCCAAAAUACUAGAUUGCAUCAUCUGCAGUGGCUCCUGUCACUUCUGCAUCUAGCUAUGUUUUGUCAUUCUGACUCCUGACAAAGGAAUGGACCUAGUCAGUUGUGCUUUCAUCUGCUCCAGAUCUCUCCUGACAUGACUUCAUGAAAAAGAGGCUCUUAUGGGACAAGUAUUCCCUCAGUUCUUUCACAAUCUACUGUUUAAGAGUGUACAAGUUACGCUAUUUGUGUUUUGAUUUUUUUCUUCCUGACUUGUAGCCAGCUUGUGUAAGAAUACUUGCAGAAUGAGAAAAUUUAAAAAAGAACAGUACUCACACUAUCAAAUCUGUUAUAGAGUGUAUUAUUGUAUUAACACUGAAGCCUAACUGGCUACUUUUUUAACAUAUUGUUAAGUAAUAUUAAAAUCAUGUCUUUCUUUUUGAAAGAUGGAAUACAUUAGUAUGGCAGA